AUGACUCAGAUGCUCACCGUACUCCGCCGCAACCUCCAAAACCUUCGUAAGAGCCCACGCGUGGCUGACGAGACUGAGUUGGCGUCGACUUCCGUCAACAUUAACGGCGUGGGGACAGGAGGAGUAGCUCAUCAUAACGAAAGACGAGAUGGGUCUAACGCCGUUAUGAUGAGGUUCCCGUUCUCGAUCAUCUCUUGCUUUGCGGUGCCACGUGUCAGAGGAACUGAUGGACUUUGGAUGUCGGGAGAUUAUGACAGUGUCUCGGAGGUUAACCAUCUCAUGGUUAGUGAUGGCAUGAGAUAUGCCAUUUUAAUGUAA